AUAAAUAUGGAAGCAAUUUGUUUUACAUGUUGGUUUUAGGUUUUUAGUUCGAUUCGUUUUUUUUUAUUCUGUUUGUCCAAAAUGCCGACAACAUUUCAGAAGAAACUUUAUUCUACUUCAGAGCCUCGGCUGUGGGAUUCUACCAUUGGACGUGUUGACAGCGGUCAAAUGGAUGAAAGGUUUUCAGUGUUUCCCAUCACAGAAGAAGAAGAAACACAGGAACGAACUUCAAGGCAAGAUUCUGGGAGCAAGAAAAAGAAGAAAAAAACGUGCAUCACUGCUAAUGUGACAAACUGCAAAUAUGAUUUGGUUCGAAGCAGUCUCGAAGCGGUCAACAUUUUCAUUUUAAAAGAAGAGUCAAUUUCGCUACAAGCUGCAUAUUUAUUCUGGUUUGAUUCCGUUGUGCCGAUGGAGAAGUUUCAAGAGAUGAAGGCUUACCAAAGAAUCAACCAUUUCCCAAGCAUGGGGGAAAUUUGUAGGAAGGAUUAUUUGGCAAGGAAUAUGGCAAAAAUGCAUCGAGCUCGUCCCACUGAGUUUAACUUCGUUCCACGUUCAUGGAUUCUUCCAUCAGAAUAUAACUUGUUACAAGUAUAUGCUCAAGACUGUAGAAAGAAAAAGAGAAAGUUUCCAACUUUCAUUCAAAAACCUGCGAAUGGAGCAAUGGGGAAUGGAAUCCAGUUAUUUCGAAAUGCUGAAAAAAUCCAGCCAUGUGAACAGACCAUAGUACAGGAAUACUUGGACAAGCCAUUGUUACUAGAUGGGUAUAAGAUUGACUUGAGAUUGUAUUGCCUUGUAACCCACUGUGACCCACUGCGUGCUUUCUUAUAUAAGGACGGGUUGGUGAGAUUAAGUACGGAGAAGUACGUCAACCCAACUGAACAAAAUAUGGACCAAAUGUUCAUGCAUCUUACUAACUACUCAGUGAACAAACAAAACGAGAAAUUUGAACGUCAUUCAGAUUAUGAUCGUGGUAGCAAAAGAAGCAUCAAGUCUUUGCUGAUUUAUCUCAAAAACUCCGGCUAUGAUACUGCCACCUUGUGGAGGAACAUUUGUGACUUGGUGGUGAAGACACUUAUAGUGGUGAGUCCACAUAUUCUUCAUUCAUAUCGAAUGUGUAGACCUGGACAAGCACCCCAUUCCGACAGUGUGUGUUUUGAAAUUCUUGGUUUUGACAUUUUUUUGGAUCGGAAACUGAAGCCUUGGUUGUUGGAAGUGAACAGAGCCCCAAGUUUUGGGGGAGAUGAAAAGAUUGACCGCGAUAUAAAAGGGGGCGUGAUCAGGGACGCGCUACGAUUGGUCAAUAUCAGGGCUAGCGAUAAAAAGAGAAAUCUGGCCAAUCAGAAAGCAGAAGCCCAGCGACGCCUCCUUCGUCCCAGCCAAUCACGGUUAAGCACGGGUAACCUGUCAACGUCCGCACAGCGCCGAUUCAUCAUUAAUCGGCGAAAGGAAGAGCUGAAGGAGAAGUUAGGUUGGGUUCGUAAAGAAGCAGCGCGUGAAGAAUAUGAAGAUGCGAAUCUUGGAGGUUACGCGAGGAUAUUUCCGUGUCAUGAUCGGACACAACGUGAAAGAUACACCAGCCUACUAAGCGAUGCUUUUCAACUAUUUCUUCAAUCCAAAUCAGCUCCAUUCCAGAAGAACAUAAUCGACCAUUAUCGAGCUCAUAAUGAAGACGAAAUACUUGACUUGAUUGAGCAAUGUGAGGCAGAGGAAGGGAUCCCGCCAACCAAGUCCAAACCUUUAUCUAGCAUGCCCCUACUAACCCCCCCUCCUAGAUCAUCUUCAAGGAGGUAUUCCGAUCAAUCUUCCUCUUCUUCCUCUUCAUCGGAUAGUGAGGAAGCCACUUACAUCUCACCGAGGUUUAAACUUUCUCCUGAAGCUGAAAGAGCUGCUUACUUGGUAAGUUUGUAUAUCUAUGUGUGUUGUUGAAUAUACUUGUGUCUU